GUUUUGUGGAUGAAAAAUUUACAAUAAAAACUCUAAAAACUCCAAAAAAUAUUCAAAAUCAAUUUAUGUUUUUGUAUGUUUUUUUAUCUGGAACUGCUGUGAUGAUAACAUUUCAUAAUUUUAUCAUAUCUAUCGUUUUAUACAAAGCUCGUAAAUCCAAUGUUUCUAAUAUCAGCAAAAUUAUCUUGAAUCUUGGUAUCAUGUUACUUUUCUUAUUCAGAUCUAUGCUUGUGUAUGCACCUACCUGGACAGAAUUACUUGGUUGCCAAAUUAUAUUUUAUAUGCAAUUUGUUGCAACAUUUAUUUAUAGAUCAGCCUUGGCAUUUUUUUUAUUGUGGCGUUUAAGACAAGUUGGAAACUCGCAAAUAGAUAAAUGGGCGAGUAUCGCCCUCUUAUCAACUAGAACAAUAGCUCACCUUAUAACAUUUGGUUUUAUCAAUGUAUAUGUAUCACGAGACUCAACUCGAACUUAUUGUCUAUAUAGAAAUUCUGGGUUACAAAUACCAGAAUCGAUCUCAAUAGCCAUAGACUUUUUGAUUGAUAUAUAUAUUACGGUUAGAUUAAUACAAAUCCUUCGUAACGCCAACAAGAAUGCAUCAAAUCUCAGAACAAGUAUGAAUAAGAAAACAAAACGAUCAUUAUUUACUGCAGUCAUGUAUUGGAAUUUUGUUCGUUUGGCAGUGGUUUUUGGACUAAAUAUAAUGGCAGUAGUGUAUUUUUUACCUUUGCCUGACACUGGUGAUUCUCAUUUUACUAAGUAUAUUUUUAGUACAUUUUUCUUUAUUCUAACGUCAUAUGUUGUGACUGUGGAUGCUGAAAUUGUUAAAGUAAUCGAAGGUGAAAAUCAAAAUAAAAAAGGAUCAAAUAAAUAUACAAGUGAAAAUUCGAGUUACCCUAGUUCCCCCACGAAUCGUGCGACAUAUAAAAAUACUGGUUCAGAAUUUACCCAAGAGGAAUUUGAAGAAAUUAUUGGAUCUUCUAAAGCUACCAAUCGCGACCUCGAAAAAGGCGAUGCUACAAAUCGAGACAGCAAUAUUAGUGGAGGAUCAACAAUAAUCAUCCCAAACACGACUGACACAACUGACAUUUAA